AUGGAGCGCAGGGUGACCGAAGGACCCAGACCAAGGCCCCCACCCCAGGCCACUGAGAAUAUCUCCAAGGACCUGGUCGACUUGCAGCUGGCCACCCACCGCCUGCAGGAGCAACAUGAGGCUGAGACCUUCCAGCUCAAGAGUGAGAUCCUGCGGCUAGAGAGCAGGGUGCUGGAACUGGAGCUUCAGGGGAAGCUGGCCAGUCAGGAGCAGCGCCAGGCAUUGGCACAGGAUGAUUAUGAUGACCACAGACUCAAGUUUGCUCAUCUGAGAGAGUUGGAGAGGGUGCUGGAGCUGCAAGGGGCCCAGCAGAGGACACUGGAGACACGUGUGACAGCCCUAGGACAGCAGCUGCAAGGAGCCCGAGAGGAGGCCAGAGUGGCUGGACAGUGGGUAACCACACAGGCCCAGGUGCUGUCUACCUGCCAGGACCAGCUCCGAGAGGCUGAGGCUGAGAAUAGCCGGCUACAGAUGCAACUCAAAAAGCUCAAUGAAGAGUAUGCCGUCCAACUGCAGCGCUGCGCCUGGGACAUGGCUAACUAUGCAGACAGUGUCGGCCAGCUGCCAGCUGCUGUGUCCUUGAAGGCAUUCCUGGAGGCAACCCUGGAAGACAUCCGGGCUGCUCACCGGAGCCGUGAGCAGCAGCUGGCCAGGGCUGCUCGCACCUACAGAAAGCGCCUGGCUGAGCUAAGCCAGCGGCAGGAGGAGUUCCUUGCCCUGCAGGGGGUCCUGAAUGGAACCUCCUGGGCCCAGAUCCUCCAGAAACUCCAGGACUUCUCUCAAGGCACCCAGAGCUGGAACGGGAGCGGGCACAGCUGCUGGCCCGGGCUACAUCGGCUGAGGCCCAGCUCUCAGAGCUACAGGAGUAUGUGGACCAGCACCUGGGCAGGUACAAGCAGGAAAUCUUGA